ACUAUUUGUAAACAGUCGAACAGCGCUCGAAGCACCCGAAACGAAGUUUUAGCGAUACUUUUUAACUGGUAAAAAAUACGUGUUUAUGCCGUGAUUAGUGACACCAAACACACACACACACACACAAUAUGGAGUACCUAACAGGUCUGUCGCAAAAGGAGAAUGUUCGCGCAGCCUGCAAAAAGUGUGGCUUUCCAGGACACCUGACGUAUCAGUGCCGGAACUACCUGACGGUCGAUCCGCAAAGCCAAGCCGUAGUACCGGUCCAAAAGCGUCCGGGUAGUGAAUCGCCCGAACAGAACUACCUCACACCGCUGCAAGAGCUCCGGAAGCAGGAAGAGGAAGAAGAAAAGCGCAAAGCAGAGAAAGCGGCCCGCAAAGAACGCAAAGAACGGGCACGCCGCGCAAAGGAGGCACGCAAGGAGAAAAAGAAGCGCAAGCAUCGGAAAAGAUCCCGCUCGAGCAGUUCGGACGAUAGCGAUAGUUCGGAUAGGAGCACUAGCAGCAGUAGUAGUAGUAGUAGUAGUAGCGAUAGUAAGCACAAAAAGAAAACCAAAAAGCGAUACAGGAAAAGGGAAGUGAAGCAAAGCAAAAGGGAAGUGAAAAAGUCCAAAAAGGUUAGGCACAGGCGCAAGCGAAAGGAUUCCGACAGUAGCUCGGACAGUUAGAGAGCAUCCGGAAUCAGUCACUCUAUUGUGUUUAAGGACAAAAGCUGUAUACAUACAUACACUUGAAAAACAGAAUAGAUUGAUCAUCUCUGACAGCAUAAGCAUUUUUGCUUAAUGCACAUUUGAA